GAAAAUUUGAUGAAUAUUUUAUUAAAAACCAAUUAUGGCUUGAAAUUUUGAGUGCUUCAUAUUAAAUACUCUCCAACACCCUAUGGAAACAGUAAACUUGGAGUUUAUCAGAAAGGAAGGUACUUCUAUUACCAAUUUCCAUUUGAAUUUGUAUUUUAUUUAAACACUUGCAAUACAGUAUAGCAUAGCUCGCUGAGAGCGUUAGGCACACCCAGGGUAUAAAUUUGCAAUACUAUUUAAUUUGACAAUCAGUGAUGCCAUUAUAUUUUUCUUCAUGUCUUCAAGUGCCUUUUGGUAAACAGGACAUUCAUUUGCUGUUUUAUUUUCAAACCCAGGGACAUAUCAGUUCAGUGGCAUACUGAUUAUCUGAGUCAUUCUCUAAACUGAAAGCCAUAUUCAUGGUUAUAUGUGCAUAGCUAAUAUAAACUGAGAAUCAAGAGUGGAAAUUUUGUUCAUUAGAUUUGUUGUAUAUAAAGCGUGAGUUGGCCAAAAGCAGUUAGGGUGCUCAUGUACAAGAGUUUGUAAGUCUUUUGGAAUCGGUAUGGAAAGGUGUCUAUGAACAGCUGGAGUCAUAAUAGAUUACAGAUGAAAGGCUUAGCUGCAAUCACGGAAGCAGUGCCCACCUGACAGUGUGGAAUUCAGACCACAGGCUCCAUCCUAAUGCAUAAGGAUGCAUUUUAUAAGGAUCAGCAUAAAGCAGUAUGGCAGCAUCUCUUCCUUUAACAGCAAGGGGAACAUGUCUGUGGAGGAAGUACUAUUAAACAACAGGAUCCGCUGGAAUCUCUUCUGGCACAAUUUAUCAAAAUAAACCAUGACAACUACUGGUCACAGGCAGAGUUUAAUUAGCUUAUACCUGAUUCAAACCCCCUUGAGCCCACCAAUAUUUUGUUCAAAGCUCAAUUCCAGCAUCAGUGCUGCCUCACUAAAUUUUCAUUCUCAGAAGGUGGGAAGACUUGAGGCCUGGACUACUCAGAUCAAGUAUGUGUUGUUUAUCUAUUCAAACAUGCCCAACCUUGAAGUGAUCACAGAUGUCUUCACAAUCUUUGCACCUGAUGAUUUAGAGGGAAAUGUGCUGUUGUUUACUAUUAAAAUACUGCAUUUUAUUUAAUUUGGUUAAUUUUAGUAUUAAAACCAUGGAAAUGGUGAAAAACAAGUGGGAUCAUUUUGGCAGUAAUUUUGAGACCCUGUCCAUCUGGAUAACUGAGAAAGAAAAAGAACUCAAUGCCUUGGAAACUUCGUCAUCUCCUUUGGACAUGCAAAUCAGCCAAAUUAAGGUCACAAUUCAGGAAAUAGAAAAUAAGAUCAGCAGCAUCACUGAAUUAGAAGAACAAGCUCAGUCUUUUGCUCAAUUUGUUACCACUGGAGAAUCUGCUCGAAUCAAAGCCAAGUUGACACAAAUAAGAAGAUACUGGGAAGAACUGCGGGAACAUGCACAGUGCCUGGAAGAAACAGUUCUUGGGCAUUUAUCUCAGCAGCAAAAAUUUGAAGACAAUCUUAGAAAGAUCCAGCGAUCUGUGUCUGAAUUUGAAGAUAAGCUUGCUGAUCCAAUCAAAACAUGUUCUUCAGCUACAGAAACAUACAGAGUUCUCCAAGAGCAUAUGGAUCUCUGCCAGACCCUGGAGUCUCUGGGCAGCACGGUCACCACCUUCUCCGCCAGUGCCCGGAAGGUGGUGAACAGACACUCCUGCAUCCAGCAGGCUGAGGCUCUUCAGCAGCAGUACGAGGGCACACUUCAGAGGAUGAAAGAUAGACAGACUGUGCUGGAAAACCUGCUGGCCCACUGGCAGAGGCUAGAGAAAGAACUGUCAUCCUUUUUGACCUGGUUGGAGCGGUGUGAAGCCUUCGCCAGUUCUCCAGAGAUGGACAAUACCGCAGACAGAGUCAAAGCGGAGGGUGAACUUCAGUUAAUACAGGCCCUGCAAAAUGAAGUUGUUUCCCAGGCCUCCUCCUACAGCAACCUUUUACAGCUGAAGGAAUCGCUGUUCUCAGUUGCCACCCAAGACCACGUGAAAAUGAUGAAACUGCACUUGGAGCAGUUGGAUGAGAGAUGGAGGGAUUUGCCACAGAUAAUUAGCAAAAGGAUUCAUUUCCUCCAGUCUGUGGUUGCUGAGCACCAGCAGUUUGACGAGCUGCUGCUCUCCUUCUCUGUAUGGAUUAAGCAGUUUCUCAGUGAAUUACAAACUUCAUCUGAGAUCAGCAUAAUGGACCAUCAAGUGGCUUUUACUCGGCACAAGGACCAUGCAGCAGAAAUAGAGAACAAAAAGAGAGAACUGCAGAGUCUGCAGGCUCACUUAGCGAAGCUGGGGUCUCUGGGUCGAGCGGAAGACCUCCACCUCCUCCAGGGCAAGGCAGAGGAUUGCUUCCAGCUCUUCGAGGAGGUCACUCAGGUGGUAGAGAGGCGGUGGCUCGCCCUGUCGCAGCUGGCAGAGUUCUUACAGCGCCGAGCCUGUCUGUCUGAGGUACUGCACCGGCUGAGGCAAACGGUGGAAGCAACUAGCAGCAUGAAUAAGAAGCAAUCGGACUUGCUAGAGAAGGACCUAAACGAUGCCAUUCAAGAUAUCAAGACGCUAGAAUCUACUGCCAUUGGUCUUGAUGGCAUCCUCACCAAAGCCCAGUACCAUCUGAGGAGCGGGCAGGCCGAGCACAGGACCUCCUGCAGAGCGGUGGCCGACCAGCUCUGUGUAGAGCUGGAGAGGAUCCAGAACCUCCUGGGAACCAAGCAGAGUGAGGCAGAUGCUCUGCGCCUGCUGAAGAAAGCGUUCCAAGACCAGAGAGAGGAGCUGCUGAAGAGCAUCGAGGACAUCGAAGAAAGGACUGACAGAGAGCGACUGAAAGAGCCCACCCGCCAGGCGCUUCAGCAGAGGCUGAGAGUCUUCAAUCAGCUAGAAGAUGAAUUGAAUUCUCAUGAGCAUGAACUAUGCUGGUUGAAAGACAAAGCCAAGCAAAUUGCUCAGAAAGAUGUGGCUUUGGCCCCUGAAGUUGAUGAGGAGAUAAACCGCUUGGAAGUAACCUGGAAUGACACCAAAAGACUAAUUCAUGAAAACCAAGGCCAGUGCUGUGGACUUAUUGACUUAGUGAGAGAAUAUCAGAACUUGAAAUCGUCUGUUUCUAAAGUCCUAGAAAAUGCCAGCAGUGUCACUGUAACCAGAACUACUAUAAAAGAUCAGGAGGAUCUUAAGUGGUCUCUUUCCAAGCAUGAAACUGCCAAGAAUGAAAUGAACUGUAAGCAGAAAGAGCUGGACAGUUUUACCAGCAAAGGCAAACACUUGUUGUCUGAGCUGAAAAAGAUCCACAGUAGCGACUUCACCUUGGUGAAAACAGACAUGGAGAGCACGAUGGACAAGUGGCUGGAUGUAUUGGAGAAACUGGAAGAAAACAUGGAAAAGCUCAGGACAAGCCUGUCCCUGUGGGAUGAUGUACUUUCAAGUAAAGAUGAAAUCGAUGGAUGGUCAAACGGCUUCCUUCUGCAGCUGGCUGAAAUCAUCAGCAACCUGAACAACAGCCAUCAAGCUGAAGAAUUCCUUAAAGAAUUUGAGUCCGAAGUUAAAAACAAAGCUUUGAAAUUGGAAGGACUUCAUUCCAAAAUUAACAAUCUUAAAGAAUUAGCUAAAAUUCCAGAAACACCCCCAGACCUUCAGUUUAUAGAAGCAGACUUAAGGCAGAAACUAGAGCACGCUAAAGAAGUAACUGAAGAAGCAAAAGGAACCUUGAAGGACUUUACUGCUCAAAGUACAAGCAUAGAGAAAUUCAUCAAUGACAGAACAGUGUGGCUGAUGAAAGUGGAAGAGUCCCUGAGGAGCUGUGCCCAAGCCAAGACGUGUAAGGGAUUGAGAAAAGUAAAGGAUAUAGAAAAAGAACUCCAAAGUCAGCAAAGGAACAUUGGCUCUACCCAAGAGAAUCUCAACGGUUUGUGCCGCAAGUACCACUCGGCAGAGCUGGAGAGCCUCGGCCGGGCAAUGACGAGCCUGAUAAAGAAGCAGGAAGCUGUGAGCCAGCUGUGCUCUAAAACUCAGGCCAGCCUGCAAGAUUCUCUGGAAAAACAUUUCAAUGAUUCUAUGCAGGAAUUCCAAGAAUGGUUUUUGGGAGCAAAAGCAGCAGCCAAAGAAUCAUCUGAUCGAACUGGUGACAGUAAAGUUCUGGAGGCGAAGCUCCAUGGUCUCCAGAACAUUCUAGACUCAGUCAGUGAUGGGCAAAGCAAACUUGAUGCGGUCACUCAGGAGGGACAGAGCCUGUAUGCACAUCUGUCUAAACAAACUGUCAGCAGCAUUCAGGAGCAAAUUACAAAGGCGAAUGAAGAGUUUCAAGCUUUCCUGAAGCAGUGCCUUAAAGAUAAGCAGGCUCUCCAAGAUUGUGCUUCUGAGCUGGGGAGCUUUGAAGAUCAGCACAGAAAACUAAACUUAUGGAUCCAUGAAAUGGAAGAAAGGUUAAGUACAGAAAAUUUGGGAGAGAGUAAACAGCAUCUUGCUGAAAAGAAAAAUGAAGUUCAUAAAGUUGAAAUGUUCCUGGGAGAACUUCUGGCUGCUAGAGAAUCUCUCGAUAAACUUUCCCAGAGAGGGCAGCUUCUCAGUGAGGAAGGCCACGGUGCAGGGCAUGGUGGCCGCCUGGGCUCCCAGCUCCUCACCAGCUACCAGAAUCUGCUCAGGAUGACCAAGGAGAGGCUGCGGGGCUGCCAGCUUGCCCUCCAGGAGCACGAAGCCCUGGAGGAAACAAUGCAGGACAUGUGGUCCCGGGUGAGAGACGUCCAAGACAGGCUGGCCUGUGCAGAGAGCACCCUUGGGAGCAAGGAGACCUUGGAGAGGCGGCUGUCACAGAUACAGGAUAUUCUCUUGAUGAAAGGUGAAGGAGAAGUCAAGUUGAACAUGGCCAUUGGCAAAGGGGAACAGGCCAUGAAAAGCAGUAGUGAAGAAGGUCAGAAGGCGAUUCAGGCUCAGCUACAGACCCUUAAGAAUGCAUGGGCUGACAUCAUGAGUGCCUCUGUCCAUACUCAGAGCACGCUGGAGUCUGUGCUUAGCCAAUGGAAUGACUACCUAGAGAGGAAAAACCAGCUGGAGCAGUGGAUGGAAUCAGUGGAUGAAAAAAUAGAAUGUCCUUUACAACUGCAGCCAGGCCUGAAGGAGAAGUUUUCCCUGCUGGACCAUUUUCAGUCCAUCGUCUCUGAGGCAGAAGAUCACACCAGUGCUCUGCACCUUCUGAACGCCAAGUCCAGAGAGCUCUACGAGAGGACUAGUGAUGAGUCUUUCAAGGAAGCCACCCAAGAGGACCUGAAGAUGCAGUUUUAUGAUAUAACAACUGUGGCCAAGGAGAAAAUGAGGAAAGUGGAAGAGAUUGUGAAAGACCAUCUCAUGUAUUUGGACGCAGUCCAGGAAUUCACUGAUUGGCUCCAUUCAGCGAAGGAAGAACUUCAGCGAUGGUCAGACAUGUCUGGGGAUUCAUCAGCCACUCAGAAAAAGUUGUUAAAAAUUAAGGAGCUGAUAGAUUCCAGAGAGCUGGGAGCGGGCCGCCUGAGCCGAGUGGAGUCGCUGGCCCCCGGGGUGAAGCAGCACACAGCUGCCAGCGGGUGUGAGCGCCUGCACACGGAGAUGCAGGCCCUGCGCGCCGACUGGACACAGUGGGAAGACAGCGUGUUCCGCACACACAGCAACCUGGAGGACCUGGUCAGUCAGAUGGCGCUUUCGGAGCAGGAGUUCUCAGGCCAGGUGGCCAAGCUCGAGCAGGGCCUGGGACAGUUCGGUGCCCUUCUGAAGACCUGGGCUCAGCAGCUGGCCCUCCUGGAAGGCAAGAACACGGACACUGAAGUAGUGGAAUCCUGGCACGCGGGACAUGAGAUCCUGGAUGCUCUACAGAAAGCAGAGCCUACAACAGAGGAUCUCAAGUCUCAGCUGAAUGAACUUUGUCGAUUUUCUAAAGACUUGAGCACAUAUAGUGGAAAGGUUUCUGGCUUGAUUAAAGAAUACAAUUGUCUCUGUUUGCAAGCAUCCAAGAGCUGCCAGAAUAAAGAACAGAUUUUACAACAAAGAUUUCGAAAAGCCUUCCGGGAUUUUCAGCAGUGGUUGGUGAAUGCAAAAAUCACUACUGCCAAAUGUUUCGAUAUACCUCAAAAUAUUAGUGAAGUUUCCACAAGUCUUCAGAAAAUACAGGAGUUUUUGUCAGAAAGUGAAAAUGGGCAAUUUAAGCUCAACAUGAUGCUAUCGAAAGGAGAACUUCUGACUUCUCUGUUGACCAAAGAGAAAGCAAGAAGUAUCCAGGCCAAAGCGGAAGCUGCAAAAGAAGACUGGAAAAACUUUCAUUCAAACCUCCACCAGAAGGAAUCUGCCCUAGAGAACCUAAAGAUCCAGAUGAAAGAUUUUGAAGUAAGUGCUGAGCCUGUGGAGAACUGGCUGAGCAAAACUGAGAAGCUGGUCCAUGAAAGCAGCAACCGCCUCUAUGACCUGCCAGCGAAGAGGAGAGAGCAGCAGAAGCUCCAGUCUGUCCUUGAGGAAAUUCACUGCUACGAGCAUCAGCUCAACAGGCUGAAAGAGAAAGCUCAGCAGCUGUGGGAAGGACAAGCUGCCAGCAAGAGCUUUAUGCACAGAGUGUCCCAGCUGUCUGCUCAGUAUCUAGCGCUAAGCAAUUUAACCAAGGAGAAAGUGUCCAGACUGGAUAGAACUGUUGCAGAGCAUAAUCAGUUCUCCCUCGGGAUUAAAGAAUUACAAGACUGGAUGACAGAUGCAGUUCACACAUUGGAUUCUUACUGCCACCCGACAUCUGACAAAAGCGUGCUAGACAGCAGGGUGCUCAAGCUGGAGGUUUUGUUAUCAGUGAAACAGGAAAAAGAGAUUCACAUGAAAAUGAUAGCGACCAGGGGGGAGUAUGUCCUGCAAAACACCUCCCCAGAAGGCCUUCCUGUCAUUCAGCAGCAGCUGCAGGGUGUCAAGGACAUGUGGGCUUCCCUCCUGUCUGCAGCAAUUCGUUGUAAAAGUCAACUCGAAGGAGCCCUUUCAAAAUGGACCAGUUAUCAGGAUGAUGUUCGACAGUUUUCUGGUUGGAUGGAUAGCAUGGAAGCCAACCUAAGUGAAUCCGAGAGGAAGUGUGCAGAGCUGCGACAGAAAGUGACGGCUCUCGGGAAAGCCAAGCUAUUAAAUGAAGAAGUGCUGAGUCACAGUAGCCUGCUGGAGACCAUUGAAGUCAAAAGAGCAAGCAUGACAGAGCACUAUGUCACCCAGUUAGAGCUCCAGGAUCUGCAGGAGCGAUACCUAGCCAUCAAAGAGAGGGCCAAGGAAGCAGUAACCAAGUCUGAAAAACUUGUUCGCCUGCACCAAGAGUACCAGAGAGACCUAAAAGCCUUUGAAGCUUGGCUGGAACAAGAACAAGAAAAUCUUGCCCGAUAUUCAGUUCUUGAAGGAGAUGCCCACACUCAUGAGACAACAUUGCGGGACCUUCAGGAGCUGCAAGUGCACUGUGCAGAGGGACAGGCACUGCUGAAUUCGGUGCUGCACACCAGAGAGGACGUGAUCAUAUCAGGCAUCCCCCAGGCAGAGGACCGCGCAUUGGAGUCACUGCGGCAGGACUGGCAGGCUUACCAGCACAGACUGUCUGAGACUCGGACACAGUUCAACAGCGUAGUGAGCAAGCUGCGGUUGAUGGAGCAGAAGUUCCACAAAGUAGAUGGAUGGCUUAAAAAGAUGGAGGAGAAAGUUAGUCUCAGGUUGGGACGCCAGUCUAACCGGGCAACCAAGGAGAUACAGCUACAUCAGAUGAAGAAGUGGCACGAAGAAGUGACUGCGCAUAAAGAUGAAGUUGAGGAAGUGGGAGCCAAAGCGCAGGAGAUACUGGACGAGAGCCACAUAAACAGCAGGAUGGGCUGCCAGGCCACCCAGCUGACCUCCAGAUACCAGGCCCUGCUCCUCCAUGUGCUGGAACAAAUAAAAUUCCUGGAAGAAGAGAUCCAGAGUUUGGAGGAAUCUGAAUUAUCCCUCAGUUCCUAUUCUGAUUGGUAUAACUCUACUCAUAAAAAAUUCAAGAAUGUGGCUGUCAAAAUUGAUAAAAUAGAUAAAGCAAUGAUGGGGAAAAAGUUGAAGACCCUGGAGGUUUUGUUAAAAGACAUGGAGAAAGGCCACAGUUUGUUGAAGUCAGCCCGGGAAAAAGGAGAGAGGGCUGCUAAAUAUUUGGAGGAAGGUGAGGCAGAGAUGCUAAGAAAAGAUAUCCACGAUCGAGUGGAACAGCUGGAGGAACUGACUGGCACCAUGCGAAAAGAGCACAUGACCUUGGAGAAAGGUCUUCAUUUAGCAAAGGAAUUCUCUGAUAAAUGUAAAGCACUGACUCGUUGGAUAGCAGAAUACCAGGAAAUCCUACACAUUCCUGAGGAACCCAAAAUGGAAUUAUAUGAGAAAAAAGCUCAGCUAUCUAAGUACAAGUCAUUGCAACAAACUGUGCUGUCCCAUGAGCCAUCAGUCAACUCAGUGAGAGAGAAAGGGGAAGCUCUUCUGGAUCUGGUCCAAGAUGUUACUUUAAAGGACAAAGUAGACAAACUUCAGAGGGAUUACCGGGACCUCUGCAGUAUGGGAAAGGAACAUGUCCUCUGCCUGGAGGCGAAAGUCAAAGACCAUGAAGACUAUAACAGUGAGCUCCAAGAGGUGGAAAAGUGGUUGUUGCAGAUGUCUGGCAGGCUGGUGGCACCUGACCUUCUGGAGACCAGCAGCCUAGAGACAAUUACCCAGCAGCUGGCCCACCACAAGGCCAUGAUGGAAGAAAUAGCUGGCUUUGAAGACCGUUUGAACAACCUGAAAGUCAAGGGCGAUACUUUGAUCGGCCAGUGUGCUGAUCACCUGCAAGAGAAGCUGAAACAGAAUGUGCAAGCCCAUCUGCAGGGUACAAGGGACAGUUACUCAGCAAUCUGCAGCACAGCCCAGCGCGUGUACCAGAGUUUGGAACAUGAACUUCAGAAGCAUGUCAGCCGGCAAGAUACCCUGCAGCAAUGCCAAGCCUGGCUUUCUGCAGUGCAGCCAGACUUAAAGCCAAGUCCACAGCCACCUCUUAGCCGGACAGAAGCUGUUAAGCAGGUCAAACACUUCAGAGCUUUGCAGGAGCAGGCAAGGACUUACUUAGAUCUCCUUUGUUCCCUGUGUGACUUGUCAAACUCUUCAGUAAAAACCACAGCAAAAGACAUUCAACAAACAGAGCAAAUGAUUGAACAAAGGCUUGCCCAGGCACAGAAUUUAACUCAGGGCUGGGAGGAGAUCAAGCACCUAAAGGCUGAGCUGUGGAUUUAUCUUCAGGACACAGAUCAGCAGCUACAGAAUAUGAAGAGGAGACAUUCUGAACUGGAGCUCAAUAUUGCCCAGAACAUGGUUGCCCAAGUAAAGGAGUUUGCUAAACAACUGCAAUGCAAGCAAGCAUCCAUGAGCACCAUCUUAGAAAAGGUGAAUAAAUUAACAAAGAAGCAGGAGUCUCCUGAGCACAAGGAAAUAAGUCACCUAAAUGACCAGUGGCUGGAUCUGUGCCUUCAGUCGGACAAGCUGUGUUCACAAAGGGAGCACGACCUUCAGAGAACAAGAGAUUACCAUGACCAUAUGAAUGUCGUUGAAGCAUUCUUGGAAAAAUUCACUACAGAAUGGGAUAACUUGGCCAGUAAGGUUCUCCUCCCUCAUAUAGGGAUGGGAUCAUCCUAUGAAAGCCUUUUCACACUUUUGAUCAUUGUAAUUGUUAAAAUCUGUACUUCUGUUUUUCUUGACACUUCUAAAAGUAACCGAUUGAAAGAAAAUACCACAGGUGCUCUGAUUGUUACACCAUUGAGAAUUUAG